GUCAAUAUUAUCCGGAACUCAUACAACGGAAUACAAUGCAAAGUCGUGCAUGGAGGACAGCUGACAGACGCAUUCGAAGUAAGGACCGGAGUCAGACAAGGCUGUUUACUCUCUCCCUUCUUCUUUCUUCUGGUGGUCGACUAGAUUAUGAAGACCUCGACAUCUGAAGGAAAACACGGAAUACAAUGGACAGCUCAGAAUCAAUUAGUCGAUUCAGACUUCGCAGAUGACCUAGCCCUCCUAUCGCAUACACACGAACAGAUGCAGAAAAAGACAGCCAGUGUAGCAGCAGUUUCUGCAUCAGUAGGCCUCAGCAUACACAGGGGGAAAACCAAGGUCCUCAAAUUCAAAGCGGAGAACAGCAAUCCAAUCACUCUUGAUGGCGAAACUCUGGAAGAUGUAGAAUCCUUCACAUACCUGGGAAGCAUCAUCGAUGAACAAGGAGGCUCAGAUGCAGACGUAAAGGCGAGGAUUAGCAAAGCAAGGACAGCAUUCCUACAGUUGAAGAACAUAUGGAACUCAAAACAACUUUCAACCAAUAUCAAAGUGAGAAUCUUCAAUACGAAUGUCAAGGCAGUUCUAUUGUACGGAGCUGAAACUUGAAGAACUACAACAACCAUCAUCAAGAAGGUGCAAGUAUUUAUAAAUAGCUGUCUACACAAGAUACUCAACAUCCAUUGGCCGGAUACCAUCAGCAACAGCCUUUUGUGGGAGAGAACAAACCAGCUUCGAGCUGAAGAGGAAAUUAGGAAAAGACGAUGGAAAUAGGUAGGACAUACACUACGCAAAUCAUCAAACUGCAUCACGAGGCAAGCCCUAACUUGGAAUCCUGAAGGGAAGCGGAAAAGAGGAAGGCCAAAGGACACAUUACGUCGAGAAAUAGAAUCAAAUAUGAAAAGGAUGAAUAACAACUGGAAGGAGCUAGAAAGGAUUGCCCAGGACAGGGUUGGAUGAAGAAUGCUGGUGAGCGGCCUAUGCUCUUUCACGAGGAGUAACAGGCGUAAGUAAGU